UAUUAUCAUGCAGAGCGAGCAAGCAAUCCAUUCAAAACCUUCAACUUCACUCACUAACAAGACUCUGUUUAUUAACAAAACUCUUUUCCGAACCACAAAGAGUAAUUCAUUUGGAAGAAGAAAUAAGGAAAUGGAUUCGCUGCGUGCAUUGCUUCGCUCAGAUUUUAUCUAUCUUACUCCAACGAGAAACCAAUUCCAAUCUCUCCAUAAAGUUGCUCCAGCGGGAGGCACUUCCACGCCAUUCUUCAAUCCAAGGAUUUCGAUUCCCAUUCGCAGAAGAAUUGUUUGCGGUGCUUCCUCUACUCAAUCCAGAGAACAAGAGAAGGCAAUGAAGAAAGGCAGGUCGAGGUUGGAACGUGGAAAGGUGAGGCUCAAUGUAAGGGUGGAUCACCAAGUUGAAUUUGGGGAGCAAAUUGUGAUUUUGGGUUCGACUAAAGAACUGGGUUCGUGGAAGAAGAGGGUUCCGAUGAAUUGGACGGAGAAUGGAUGGGUUUGUGAUUUGGAGAUGAAAAGGGGUGGCAUUGUUGAGUUUAAGUUUGUUAUUGUGAGCAAGGACAGAAGUUUUGUGUGGGAAAGUGGGGAUAACCGGACUUUGAGGCUGCCCAGAGGAGGGAGUUUUGCGGUUGUUUGUAAAUGGGAUGCAACUGGGGAGGCUGUCAAUUUGUUGCCUUUGGACUCGGAACAUAACGGAGAGGAAGUGGAGGAUGCAGGUGAGAAUGGUUCGGCUAGUGCUGGUGUUCUUUUGGAGGUGGAGACAAGUCCUUUUGUUGGGCAGUGGCAAGGGAAGGCCAUAUCUUUCAUGCGGUCAAAUGAGCAUCGGAACAGAGAAGCUGAAAGAAGAUGGGACACUUCAGGUCUUCAGGGGUUUGCGUUGAAGUUAGUUCAAGGUGACUUGAAUGCAAGAAAUUGGUGGAGAAAGCUUGAAGUUGUACGUGAGCUACUAGUUGGAAGUCUUCAGAGUGAGGACAGGUUGGAGGCUUUAGUAUACUCUGCUAUCUAUUUGAAGUGGAUAAACACAGGGCAAAUUCCAUGCUUUGAAGAUGGAGGUCAUCACCGGCCAAAUCGGCAUGCUGAAAUUUCCAGGCUUAUAUUCCGGGAGUUAGAACGAAUCUCUUCGAGGAAAGAUACUUCACCACAGGAAGUGCUUGUUAUUCGAAAAAUCCAUCCUUGUUUGCCAUCUUUCAAGGCAGAAUUCACAGCAUCUGUUCCUCUUACUCGGAUUAGAGAUAUUGCUCAUCGGGGCGACAUUCCUCAUGACCUUAAGCAAGAAAUCAAACAUACUAUACAAAACAAACUUCAUCGCAAUGCUGGCCCAGAAGAUUUAGUUGCUACUGAAGCAAUGCUUGCAAGAAUUACGAAGAACCCUGGGGAAUAUAGUGAAGCAUUUGUCGAGCAAUUCAAAAUAUUCCAUCAUGAACUCAAAGAUUUCUUCAAUGCAGGAAGUCUUGCUGAACAACUUGUAUCAAUUAUAGAAUCCUUGGAUGAAAGGGGCUCUUCAGCUCUUACAUUGUUUUUGGAUAACAAAAAGAAUUUAGAUGCUUCAGAAGAAUCCCACAAUAUUUUUGAACUGAUCAAAAUCAUGAGAUCCCUGAAUGCUCUGAGAGAUAUAAUUGUAAAAGGUCUUGAAAGUGGUCUUAGGAAUGAUGCUCCUGAUGCUGCAAUAGCUAUGCGUCAAAAGUGGCGCCUAUGUGAGAUUGGUCUUGAGGACUAUUUGUUUGUUCUUCUGAGCAGGUUUCUCAAUGCACUUGAAGCUGCGGGAGGGGCUAAAUGGCUUGCAGACAAUGUGGAGUCAAAGAAUAUAAGCUCUUGGAAUGACCCUCUUGGUGCCCUGAUUGUUGGUGUUCGUCAGCUCAGUUUAUCUGGUUGGAGACCAGAAGAAUGUGCAGCUAUUGGAACUGAGCUCCUUGCUUGGCAAGAGAAAGGUCUCUUUGAAAAGGAAGGAAGUGAAGAUGGCAAGAUAAUUUGGGCGCUAAGGCUCAAAGCAACUCUUGAUAGAGCAAGAAGGCUCACCGAGGACUAUUCUGAAGCACUUCUUCAAAUAUUUCCACAAAGAGUGCAGAUACUAGGAAAAGCACUUGGAAUUCCUGAAAACAGUGUAAGGACGUACACUGAAGCUGAGAUUCGUGCCGGGGUAAUUUUUCAGGUUUCAAAACUUUGUACCCUGCUUUUGAAAGCAGUUAGAAGUACCCUUGGUUCUCAUGGCUGGGAUAUUCUUGUUCCUGGAUCAGCUAUCGGCACAUUAGUACAGGUUGAGAGCAUUGUGCCUGGAUCGUUGCCAUCGACUAUAGAGGGACCUAUUGUUCUUUUGGUGAACAAAGCUGAUGGAGAUGAAGAGGUAACAGCUGCUGGUAGUAACAUAGUGGGAGUUGUACUUCUGCAAGAGCUGCCUCACUUAUCCCAUCUUGGUGUUAGGGCCCGGCAAGAGAGGGUUGUCUUUGUGACAUGUGAAGAUGAUGAUGAAGUUGCUGAUAUGCAAAAGCUUACUGGAAAAUAUGUGAGGUUGGAAGCUUCCUUGACUGGCAUAAAUCUAACUCUCUCUUCGUCAAAUGAUAUUGUUGCAGAAGAUCUUUCACGCAAUGAUUCAUCUACAGUUGAACCUCCUGGAUCUCACAAUCCAUCCUGGUCUGCUGUUAGAACUCACUCCAGUCAGGGUGUUUCCGCUGGAGGUGUUAUUCUACUCGCAGAUGCAGAUGCACAAACAUCAGGCGCCAAGGCUGCUACUUGUGGUCGCUUAGCUUCUUUGGCUGCAGUUUCGAGAAAGGUUUCUAGUGACCAAGGGGUGCCAGCUUCAUUUCAAGUUCCUAAGGGCGUGGUUAUACCUUUUGGUUCUAUGGAAUUGGCACUCGAGCGUAGCAAAUCUAUGGAAACAUUCAUGUCAUUUCUAGAAGAGAUAGAGACAGCUAGGCUGGAUGGGGGCGCACUUGACAAACCAUGCUUUAAACUUCAGGAAUUGAUCUCUUCCUUGCAGCUCCCAAAAGACAUUGUCGAUGGAAUAGGUCAAAUGUUUCCAGACAACGCAAGACUGAUUGUACGUUCAAGUGCCAAUGUUGAGGACUUGGCUGGAAUGUCAGCUGCUGGACUUUACGAAUCAAUCCCUAAUGUUAGCCCAUCAAAUCCAAUUGUAUUCGCAAAUGCUGUUAGCCAAGUAUGGGCUUCACUGUACACACGGAGAGCAGUUCUAAGUCGUCGAGCUGCUGGUGUGCCUCAGAAAAAUGCUGCAAUGGCAGUUCUGGUGCAAGAAAUGCUUUCACCAGAGCUCUCAUUUGUUCUUCACACACUCAGCCCAACUGACCGUGAUCAGAAUUCUGUUGAGGCAGAGAUUGCCCCUGGACUGGGUGAGACCCUAGCUUCUGGCACCAGGGGUACUCCAUGGCGUCUUUCAUGUGGGAAGUUUGAUGGGCUUGUGAGAACACUUGCAUUUGCAAAUUUCAGUGAGGAGAUGCUGGUAUCUGGUGCGGGUCCUGCUGAUGGUGAUGUAAAUCGUUUGACUGUAGACUACAGCAAGAAACCACUAACAAUUGAUCCAAUAUUCCGUCACCAGCUGGGUCAGCGUCUCUGUUCAAUUGGCUUUUUCCUCGAAAGGAAGUUUGGCUGCCCACAAGAUGUGGAAGGAUGUGUGGUUGGAAAAGAUAUCUUUGUCGUCCAGACUCGCCCGCAACCUCAGUAAAAGCUCCUCUUAUUCUGUAUUAAAAGUGAAUGCUUACUAUGAAACUGUGCGCGUAGUCGCUUUGGCAACAGUGAGCAGUGGCUUUAGUAAGGCUUCACCAUACACGAUCACAAGGUCAUUGGGAGAUAGCAUAGCACUAUUUGCUGGAAGGUAAGGGUUAUCUACUGUAUAUUGUCCAAUAAUAUAAUAUUGUAUCAUGAAUGUCGCAUAAAUCAAUGCCGCUCUAGGACUGUAUUUUCAGGCUCCUGUUUUGCUACUAGCUGCGAGUCAAUUACAAUAAUGUGCAGGGUCAUCAUAUAUUUCAUCCUUUUGAUCAACUUUUUUCUA